AUGUCUGGGACGAAGGCUCUCCUGAUCGUUGGGAGCAUUAUCCAGUUCGUUAAGAUCGUUGAGAUCGUCGAGAGCACUAUCCAGCUCAUUGCGAAAGUUGACCAGCUCGCUAUCCAGCAUAGCAACAUCGACAUCAUUGCUUCCUACCGGAAAUUGCGCCAUGUCAUUAUGGCUAUUCGAAGUCGUGAUAGUUGGCCUUCGAUGAGAGAGGAAUAUCAUCACUUGCAUGAUCACAACCCCAUUUUUUAUGUGAAAGGAGGUGCGGCUAACUUUGACAACACAAGACAAAUAAUAAAACAAUAUGGCAGAAUCCACAUUGCACUUGUUGAGGGUGAUGCUGAAAGAAACUGCAUUACCCUCAUGGGAAGCACUGCCUUUUUACCAACCGAAGAGUUCCUUCAAUACCUUCAUGUUACAAGAAGCUGUACAAGCCUCAUAGGAAACACUGCCUUGCUUUCAACCGGAAAGCUCCCACCAUACUCUCAUACUGAAAACCCCUAUACAUGCACAUGGAAAGCUGCCUUGCUACCAACCGAAGAGGUCCCAGAAUACUUUGAAAUUGAAAAAGCUUAUCCAUCUUUCACAUGGGAACUUUUCGAUGGGACCGAUGGCUUUCAAUUAUCCUUCGGAAAAUUCCCGAGAUAG